AUGUCACUCCGACUGCGGCGCCUUUUCCCCGCCAUUGUCAUUAUUGCUGUUAUCUAUACCUUCCACCACUCCUUCAGCUUCUCCUCUUCACCUCCUGCUCUCCCUCUCCAUCCCACCCCCUCCGACUGCGCCCUCCCCCCCAUCUACGAUGACGUGCUGGUCAUCCUCAAAACCGGCAUCACCGAAGCCCGCACCAAAGUGCCCCCGCACCUGACCACCACGCUGCGCUGCAUCCCCAACUACGUGAUCUACUCCGAUUACGCCGAGCCCCUCUCCUCCACCGUCGCCACGCAAGACAUCCUCGGCCCCUACAUCUCCAGCACCACGAAAUCCACCAACCCCGAUUUCGGUCUGUACAACCGCGUGCGCCUCGCCGGCCACGCCGGGCUCACGCCCGCCGACCUGGUCGCGGACGUCAACACGCCGAUCGGCAAACCCAACAACCCGGGGUGGAAGCUGGACAAAUGGAAAUUCCUGCCGAUGGUCGACGCCGCCCUGGCCGCGCGUCCUUCGGCCCAGUGGUUCGUCUUCAUGGAGGCCGACACCUACCUGCUCUGGCACAACCUGGCCGCCUGGCUGGCGCGCCUCGACCCCGCGAAACCGUGGUACUUGGGCAAUCAGAUGCAGAUCGUGGACGCGCUGUUCGCGCACGGCGGCUCGGGGUUCGUGCUCUCGCGGCCGGCCAUGGAGCUCGCCCGCGACCUGCGGGCGCAGAGCGGCGACGGGUGGGAGACGGCGGUCGAUGCCCACUGGGCGGGCGACUGUCUGUUGGGGAUCUUGCUGGAGAGCUGCGGCGUGUCGCUGACGUGGAGCUGGCCGAUGUUGCAGAUCGCGCCGCCGGGCGAGGUGGAUUUCUUCGGGGUGCGUGCGGAUACCCCCGAUCGGGUGUGGUGUUAUCCGGCGGUGUCGUUUCAUCAUUUGGAAGGGGAGGCGGAUCUGCGGGGUCUGGUGGAGAUGGAGAAGGGGUGGGAGCGCGAUGGGUAUACCGGUCGGCUCAUGAUUUAUCGGGAUGUGUUUUGGCGGGUGGUUUGGGGCCAGAUUCAGUCCCCGAGGGAAGGGUGGGAUAAUCUAGUGGGCGACGAGGUUGGGCCCACCGCCACGGUCGAUGAGUGUAGGGAGAUGUGUGCCCAUGAGGCGCUGUGUCUGGGAUAUCGGUUUGCGGUCGGGGAUGGGAGGUGUUGGUUGGGGAGGGGGAUGCAAUUGGGGAAGAAGGCGGACGGGUUUACGUCUGGUUGGAUGGCGCAUCGGAUUCAGGCGGUUGCAGACAGUUUGGGCCGGUGUGAGACCAUCAGUUGGAUUGGGUGA